AUGGAGAGUUGUCGCCCCUGUAAGAGUUGUGGAAAGAGGACUAUCAUCUCCGAUGAUGCAACGUGCAGCUUGGUUUGCUCAUCGUGCGGAGUCAUCCAUGAAUUUGAUGAUUUACAGCACCAUUUUGGCGGCCUCAGUGGCCCCAUCGAGACAUUUGUCCGCACCGGCACUGCUGGUACCAGUAAUGUCUGUCGUUACAUGGAAACAAAAAUAUACAGAGCUAAAGAUACCCUUGAACGCAUUACUUCAUUGUUGAAUUUUUGGCCAUCCAAGACGAAUGAGGAUAAUAAACCUUUGCCGCUUUCUGAGGUGGCCGAUAAGGUCGGUUGUGAUAUUUUUGAGCUUGGUUGGAUGUGUUUGGUGAAGUGGUAUUUGACGACAGAGCGGAGAUUGAUUCCGAUUGUUGUGGCCGUAUUGGUAUUUGUUGCACAAUUGAAUGAGGUUGAUGUUCGGCUAGAGGACAUGGCAAAGGAAUUACAUGUGGAUGUUGGUACAUGUGAGUUGCGGUAUAAGGAGCUUUUAAAUAAUCUUGUGAAAGUUGCACAAGCAUUGCCUUGGGACAAGGAUAUUACGGUUAAGAACAUCAUGAAAAAUGCACGAUUCGUGAUUCAAUAUAUGGAGUUGAAGUCAAUGUCUAAGCAUGGUGAGAAGAGGAAGAGUUUAGAGCAUGUUGGAUUUGAUUUGGAUGGUUUGGUUCGUGAUUGUUUGAGCAAAGAAGUUGAAUUUGGGAUGGAUAGUUACGGCAUGGAAAAUGAUUCUCAGUAUUUUGAGGUAGAAGAUCCGACUGGUUCCUCAAGAUGGAGUAUAGAUGAUUUGGAGAAGCUCAAGAUUUCACAUGAAUGCUUGUCACUGUUAUAUUCAGAGUUAUCAAAUGAAGUUUCUAAUGCCAAUUCAGUGGGAGAGAGUGAGAGUGACAAUAGAAGGAAAAGAGGGAUGGGGUUUGACGUUUUAGAGUAUAGGGAGUGGUGGAAAGGAAAAUCAGAACUGAGCAAAAAGCUUUUCCUCAAGCAAAUACUGGAGAAAGAUGUAGGACUGAAUGCUUUGCCUUCCUCUUUCGUCUCGGGAUGGUUGGCAUAUUAA